AUGGCAACCGCGGCGCAUUCCAAAAGGCCUGCAGAACAAAAACCAGCCCGGGAAACCAGCGCCGGGAACGGCCACUUUGAAGGAGACGCCACGCUUUGCAAACGACCGAGGGUCGACGCGCAGAACUUCCAAACCACUGCCGCAGCUCCUAAAGACGGCGAGCCUUCGCGGCAAGCCGCUCUGCAGCUGCAGCAGCUUGCGCAAGGAGUACUUGCCGACGUGUCGCUGUCUCCGCACUUCACGCCUGCGGCGGCGGCAGCAGCUCCGCAGGAGAAGGCGCAUGUCACGCUGCAAUACGACCGACAGCAGCUAAACCAAGCGCCGGUUGCAGCCCCCUCCACGCCGGAAUUGAAGCCGGCACCUGCGCCGGCAUUUGCGCCGGCGUCGUCGUUUCAAAAUGUGCUCGUCGCUCGUUUAAAGAAGCACUCGGAGGAGCUGUUGCGGAUGAACGAGAUUGCGCGCGAGCGGUUGCGCCGAGUGGCGGAGAAAACCCGCCAGCUGGACCAAGUCCGCCAGCACGUCAACGCCGCCGUCGUUGCGCUUCACCGGCGCGAGGCCGCCAGUAUCGCCAGUGGCGCGCUCCGGGAGAUUGGCGGUACCGCGCGCGUGAUGGAGAACCCUUUCUCAGGGGAUGGUGGCGUUAAGAGCGGCGUGGUUGACGGCGCGAUUGACGCGAGCGCCAGGCUGCGGAACCCUCGUGCAGACCUGCGGGAAGCCAGGGGUAGCGCGUUGCCCGACGAAGACGAGGCGGACAGUGGGGAGCGGGGUCUCGCCGCUCCCGCCGCUCACACUGCGGGUGACGAAGAGGAUAAAUGGGUUGAAGGAGAAAACGACACGCGCAGCUCUACUGGUGCCAGCAGCAGCAGCGACAGCACCGGCAGCGUUACAGGCCCGCGCCGCUUGACUCGUAGCACGAACGGCGGCUCGGUCUCGCUCCUCCCGUUCAUGGGAAUGGCGGCUGCGUGUGGCGGUGGCGGUAGUCCCGCAUGCCGGCCGGUUACAGUGGACGUGCCUAUACGGUAUCUGCGGACGUGGGGAGGAGAAGUGACGUGA